AUGGCUCAGGACAUUGAAGAGAAUGACGCUGAUUCCUCUGACGCCGACGGUUUUGCCGACAGUUUUGACGGCGAAGAUACUGGGAACGAAGGAUACCAUGCGAUCUUCGAACAACUCCAACACAUCCAGGAGGCAGCAGAUGCAAACACGGCGAUGAUGCAAAACAUGGCCGAUCAAAGCCGAGCCCGCGACGAAGCCCUUGAUAGACGUGAAGAAGCCCGUGACCGACAAAACAGCUUGUUUCAAGCACAGAUCAGCCGGCGUCUCAACAAGCUUGAGUCACGCCUUCGCAGGGCUAACGAGAUCGGCCAGGGUACUACCACACCUACCCAGCAGGUCUGA